AUGAACUUCUCACUCGUAUCAUCAUUUUAUCUGUCUGAAUAUUAUAGGCUGGAGGAACUGAAGCCAGUGUAUUUCUGCAUUUUUCUCAUCUUGUACCUCACAGUCAUAGCAGAGAAUGUGAUGCUGAUUGAAGUGGUUUAUUUUGAAAAAGCCCUGCACGAGCCCAUGUACGUGCUCCUGUGCAACCUGGCUGCGAACGAGCUGAUGGGAAGCAUCGGCGUUAUGCCGGCGCUGCUGACCAACAUUCUGUCUCACACACAUGAGAUAUCCGUGUCGUUCUGUCAGGCGCAGGUCUUUGUCAUUCACACGUACGCCGUCACUGAAUUCACCAUUCUGGCAGUGAUGAGCUACGACAGGUAUCUGGCCAUUUGUUAUCCCCUCACCUAUCACACCAUUAUGCCCCAGAGGAUAGUGAAGCUUAUUGUGUUCAUGUGGCUUUACCCUGUGCUGGCUCUGGGCAUGGUCUUUAUUUACACCUUCCAGCUGCCAUUCUGUGGGAGAAUCAUAGAAAACCUGUACUGCAUGAACUACCUGCUUGUAAAGCUGGCGUGCAUCGACACAUUUAUAGCUAACGUCAUCGGUUUAUUGUCUGUAGCUUUGUAUAUAGUUCCACAGCUCAUCAUGAUCUUUUACUCAUAUGCGCACAUCUUGAAAAUAUGCAUACUGUCGUUCAGCAAAACCAAGUCCAAAGCUCUGCGGACGUGCACCCCGCACCUGUUAGUGAUAUUUAACUACUCCAUCGGGUGCUUCUUUGAAAUAGCAAGAGGUCGAUUUGACAACAGAUACAUGGCCUACCACGCCAAGCUGUUCGUGUCCUUGUACUUUUUCAUCGUCUCGCCUCUCUUGAAUCCAGUGAUAUACGGUCUGAGCACGCAGAUCAUAAGAAUACGACUCUUCGGGCUGUUCCGCAGAAAGAAAGGGGCAGGUUCAGUUGAUGCAGUCAGGAAAGGUGAUGCUGUGAACUGA